AUGCAGAGUUUAUCAAGAAUGCAAGAUGAAGAAGAAAGGAUUAAGUAUGCAUCUGAAGCAUUACUAUCUUUUAAAAAUGGGAUAGUUUCAAGUGAUUCUCCAGAAGAACCAAUGGAAGAAUUUGGUCCGGCUUCUCUUGGUCUUCAUCGUGUAGGAGAUAUCCCUCCCCCAAAACCUCAAGCAUCUCAGCCAGUUCUAAAUCGUAGAGGAAUGCCGGCAAGGAUCAGGAAAAGAAAUAGACUGUUCUAUGACGAUGAUGUUAUUAGUACUUCAGUUGUUCCUCGGGCUUUGGAAAAAAAGUCACGUGUCAAAACACCUGGUAAAAGGGGAAGGAAACCUAAAGAACAAGCAGAUCCAAUUCCAACAAAGGUUGAAAGUGGUGAUCGAAAAGUGGGACAAAAAAUUGCAAUGAGACUUAGGAAUCUUUUAAAACUCCCAAAAGCUCACAAAUGGGUUUGUUAUGAAUGGUUUUAUAGUAAUAUAGAUAGUGCUCUUUUUGGAGGUGAAAAUGAUUUCACAAUAUGUCUUAAAGAAUCUUUUCCACAAUUAAAAACAUACAUGCUUACUAGGGUUGAAUGGUGUAGGAUGAGACGUAUGAUGGGCAAACCAAGAAGGUGUUCUCAGGCAUUUUUCGAAGAGGAACGUAGGGAACUUGAUCGUAAAAGGUCAAGAAUAAGGCAGCUUCAGCAAAGGAAACCAGCUGAUAUAAAUUCCUGUAAAGAUUUGCCAUCUGAAAUUCCACUUCAGUUAGUAAUUGGAACAAAGGUAACUGCUAGGUUAAGAACUCCACAGGAUGGAUUAUUCACAGGUUCUGUUGAUGCAUUUGAUACCUCAAACAAUACUUACAGAAUAACUUUUGAAAGACCAGGUCUUGGAACACAUUCUAUCCCUGACUUUGAAGUACUUUCAAAUGAAGCUGUCGAAACGAUAUCGGUGAUGUCGAUGGUCCAUGCAUUAAGGCCUGUAAAACAACAAGCACAGACUAUACCUGACCAGCCUCAGCAUUUCGAUCCUCUCAAAACUGAAUCUACUAUUCCUGAAACAUCAUUCAACGGUUUUCCAAUCCCUGCGCUUAGUAAUAUUGUGCAACUUAAAAAGGUGCUUGAUGUUAAAAAAUCUAAGGUAAAUAAUUUGAGGGAAAUGAAUGCUGAGGCUGAAAAACGACAAAGUUUUUCUCAGGGUUUAAGUGAAGAAUUUGUAAGAAGAUACGCUUCGUGUAUAGUCGAACUUGAGCAGAUAAACACCGUAUUGAGGACAUUGUUAGCAUCUAUACAGGACCUAUGCCAUGAGUUGCUUCCAGAUAUGAGUAUGGCUGCUAUGUUAACACCCAACCACCUUCGAAACCAGAGCCUUGAAGAUGCUAAAAGUAUAGUAGAUAAAUAUAAUAGUAGUAUAGCGGGAACUCACCCCCGAGUGAUGGAUCUAGUCAUCGAGCUUACUGCUCUCAUGAUACAAAUAAAGAGUCUUUCAGAAUCGGAUAGGAGUGGAUAUGAGGUCGAGGUUUUAACUACAUCGAUGGAAACAAUUAAAAAGAAACUUUCUCCUGCAAAUAAAAACAUAUUUGAAAGUAAUGUUGAGGUUCAUAUGAGGCAUAUACAGUCAGGUUUAAGUGGAGACACUAGUCCAUUCUCAAUGUUCAUGCCUGCUCGGCCUUAA